CUCCACGCAAACUGGAUCAGAGCAAACGUUUUUCCUGUGAAGACAUCGUGGGGGAUCCUGAAUGUGAGCAUCAAACAAGCAGAAACAGUGAGAACCGCAGCAACCAUGAAACUCCACGUUCUUGUCAUCCUUCUGUUUUUCACCUGCAUGUACCUAAGUGUGGCACAAGGCUCUUAUGAUAACUGCUGCCUUGGCUAUGUUACCGGGAUUGGAAAACGGAUGAAAAAGAACAUUGAGAGCUACAGGAUACAGGAAACAGAUGGCGAUUGCAACAUCAGAGCAGUUGUGUUUUUGACAAAAAAGAAGCGCACUAUCUGUGCCAAUCCAAAGGACAGCUGGGUGAAGGACCAAACAGGCUUUCUGGAUAGAAAAAACAGCAGAAGGGCUACUUAAAAGUGAGACGGAAGAGGAUAGA